AUGUGGAAUAUCCGGGAUUACGGAUACUAUUUCCACCAGAGGAAUUUGUGGGACGAACAGUGUGACCUUGGAUCGCUUUGGCUUGAUAGCGGCUACGGAAGCACAUGGAACGCAAUCGUGGUACCGGUAGACCCCAAUCUCUUCCAAGCUUUAUGCUUCUCCAGCCAUAUACUCCUUGACCACUGCGUCAGAAACUCGAGCACACGGUCCUUACACAUACCAGAUGCUGCCCGAAAGAAGAUGAUCUUUGUGAGCCGGACUCAUGGGACCAGUUGUAGUUUGCACCUGGAUCUGGUAGGGCCCAACGCAAUGGCGCUGGAGAGCUCCAGUGGAUGGCUUUUAGGACUAGUUCGAGUUGUGAGUGUUGACUGGCGCGAACUUUUGAAGCCCCUCUCUAAGGCUGCAAAGGGACCCCCUCCCCGUCAGCUUGAUCGUGAGACCCCAACAGCUGCAUGUAAUCUGAUAUUUUCGACCUUGAAAUUCCCCAAUAUCAGACGAUCUGCCGGCCAAGAAAGUCUAGUAAGUGCCCAUCCCGCACUAACCUUGGUCAUCAAGCGCGUCCACAUACCCGGGGGAUGGCUGUCAGCCAUAUCUGAGCCCGGCCACCCAAGCCACGACUGUGUCCACUACGGGAAAAGAGGGCAGGAGAGCAUGCAGAAGUACCUUAGAUGUACAGGGAUUCGGGCAGCACCCGAUCCCCGGUCCACGAGAGAUGGGCACGUAGUGUCGUUCACUGCUGUUAAAUCCAGAUCAAACCACGUCACUCCGUGCAUUCGCCAAUCCCGCCUCUACCCCCUUGUCAAAGCCUCAAGCCAACUCCCACCACCUGUUAUCAGCUCCACACGGCAUGACCUACCCAUCGACAGCAGCACCAUGAGCGAAGACCAAGACUCGGAUUCAGCAACAACUGAGUACCAGUUUGUUUUUGGUACAGACCAGCCAGGCGCCCGCAGCCAUGCGAUGCGACAGUUCUGGAGAAGGAGGCACCAAGCCCUCCAAAGUUCCCCUCAGACUACUCGACCUCAGCUUAGAACACUGCUCCCGAAGGACUAUAGCUCAGAGAGCAGAGGAUAUCAGCAGGACGCGUCCCCAGGUCAGACCCUUGAAUCACAAGCGGAGGAAGGUCAACCAGGCUCUGCCUACGCGAAGUUUUCAGCUUCAGACGUCGGUGAUGCGCAGCAGUCCUCGAUCAUUCAUGGGCCGGGCCCCAAAUUUCCAAUAGAUCUGUCGGCUAAAGACCAAGAGAUCUUCUCUUCAUGGCUCGAUUUACAUGCUGGUUUUGGCCCCGGCUUGUCACGGAGUACCGGAUUCGACCCCGUACGUGAUAUCUGGUUGCCUUUGGAUCUAUCGAACAGUGCCUCAUUCUGCGCUCUAAUGGCUCAUGCGGCAGCUCAUGUAGCCCAUCGUCAAGGCCAGACAAGGUCGAUAGAAUCGGAGAAGUUUAGAACUCUGGCUGUGGGCAUCAUCGCAAAAUGGCUGGCCGAUGAAAGAAGAUCGACACAGGAUGACACGAUCACGGCUAUUGCACGCCUCUUGAUGUUCGAGAAAUACUGGGCCAUCGAUGACCAAUGGCGCGCCCAUAAAAAUGGCCUUGUCAGCGUUAUCAAUGCAAGGGGUGGUGUAGAGAGUUUCCGGUCAAGUUGGCGUCUUCAUAUGGUGUUAUUCCUGGCGUUCUCUCUGGCAGAGCCGUCAAGAAGUUCCUCCCCAGCGCAUGUCUGGGAAAUCUCAGAGUACUAUUUUCCCGCCACCGUUCAUCCAGCAAUCGAGCUUCGACUACAUCAGGUUGACCCCAAGGCCUCCCAAGGGCUAAGCCCCUACCCUGAUAUCCAUGAAACGAUAACAUUCCUGGCGAGUUCCUCAAACUUAUCGCUAAACGCAUCGCCCAAUAUACAAGAUCGCACGCUCCUCUGCUUAUUCAUACUUGCUGUGAUAUUCCAAGAGUCACUCUACUCGUCGUCCCCGGAACUCGGUCGCUCCUUCACCGACAAACUGGCAGUACUAAAUGAAGCGCUGUCUAAGAGCAAGAAUAUAUGGAAACGCUCCUCGCACGAGCUAUAUGAGUUUCUGAUGGGGGAUCAUUUGGAUCUUCUGCUCAGCCCCUCAGCUCGCAGUUUCAUCACCAAGGUGGCCCAAAACCUGGUUUAUUUGAAUGAGGACGCACAGGCCGCUGUCGCAAAAUGCCUUCUCAACAGAGUUCUGUGGCAGAGCCAGGAUGUGAAGGCUGAUACAAACUUCCAAAGUAAUGGAACGCUCUAGCAAUAAGCCGAGUGAGAAGCUUCUCCAUAAUCCUGGAUGGAAGACGAUCGAGCGGCUCCAAGCCGACUGUGAUGUCUGUAUUGUAUAGUAUAGACAAGAACUACUGCACUUCGCCUGCAGUUGCUAGCAGAC